ACAAUAACGUGGGAUACAAUUACGCACCUCCGCAUCCCCUGCCAAUAUACGGACCACUAAAUACAGCGCACGCGCCACAGAUCUUUCACCAACCUGUAUCCUCAUAUAACCCAAGAGAACAUUGGAUUAUAGAAAAAUUAAAGAAAAAAAUAAAUCUUUUUGCUUUCGGCAAGAUAAUAUUAAAGCUGCUGGUAUUCAAAAAGAUUGUGAAAUUUAUUGGAGUAAUUUGUUUGCUUUUAUUUCUUCCGAAAUUAAAAGAUUUUCUCAAAGACGAUAUGUCAGUGGAUGAAAGUAAUGCGGAAAGUAGCAGAAUUAUCACAGAAAAAGAUGAACUCGAGAGGCAUAUUUCGAAACUACAAGCAGUAAUCUUAGGAUCUAUAACAUCACAGAGAUCAACUUAAAAAUAAUGCAACGUAUCUACUCAUAUCGUCGGCUUAGAAUGCAGAUGUUAUCAGUCCACUGUUUAAACAAAUUUUAGAUUUUUCUGCAGCAUUAAAGAAAAUGUAUAAAUACACCAUAAAAGAAAAAAGUAUA